CUCAACCUCAGCAGCGCGCAAAACGCAGACUCACUCACCGGCUCGUUUUCCACUUUAAAGAAAGCAACACAUGUGUGUUUGUUACUGCCGCGCGGCAGGACGCGGACGGGACAGGCUCGAUUGAGGAGACGCAGGUAAACGGAAUCUAAGCUUUUACUGAGAGGAGGAAAGGAAAUCCCCCCCUUCACCGCGACCACCUUUUUCCUCCUCCUCGGACCUCUGUUCUGUUCUGGAGACGCAAGUUUCUCACACAAAGAGGGAUGCUGCAUGUUCCCGAGCCGCACUUGCACUCAGAGGGAACCUAAAAGUGGACCGGAGCGGAAUUACACUCCAUCUGGUGCAAGCGCACCAAAACGGACACUUUAAGUGACUGGAGGAUCAUCGCGCUUCAUAAAAUGAUCCCUAUCGGCGACGUGAUAACAUGUCGCAUCUCGUCUGAUGUUCGACACAUUUGAGGAUCGACUAAAGAAACUGGAGGAAGACAUUGCAAAGUCAGAAAAUUCAUCCCGAGCCCUGCCGGCACCUUUUUACUGGAGUCCGAACAACAGAUCGCCGUCCAGAUGCAGUUUCGACUCUUCUCAUUUGCCCUGAUCGUAUUGAACUGUAUGGAGUACAGCAACUGUCAGGCGCCGUCGCACCGCUGGAGGAGAAACAAAAGAGCUAGCUAUGGAGCGUACCCCAUCUGUAAAGGCUGCUCGGUGUGCUCCAGGGACAACGGCUGUGUAAACUGCCAACCCAAACUCUUCCUGUUUUUGCGGAGGGAGAGGAUGAGGCAGUACGGGGAGUGUCUUCACGACUGUCCGGCCGGAUACUACGGCAUGCGCAGCCCCGAACUCAACAUGUGCUCCAGGUGCAGAAUAGAGAACUGCGAGUCCUGCUUCAGCAAAGACUUCUGCACCAAGUGCAAGUCAGGUUUUUACCUACACAAAGGGCGCUGCUUUGACAAGUGCCCCGAGGGCUUUGCCCCGCUGGAGGACACCAUGGAAUGUGGAGAGGGCUGUGAGGUGGGCCAGUGGAGCGAAUGGGGAUCCUGCACCAGGAGAAACAAAACCUGUGGCUACAAGUGGGGUCUGGAGACCCGGACGCGGCACAUUGUAAAGAAACCACCCAAGGACACAAUACCCUGUCCCACCAUCGCUGAGUCCAGGAUGUGCAAAAUGGCCAUGAGGCACUGCAGGAGAGGUGGCUCAGGGAAGCACCGAUCCAAAGAACCAAAGAAGAAGAACAAGCAGAGGCUGCGGUUUCGGGCCCAGAACCAGCACAGCGACCACUUGGCCUCUGCCCGCACCAGCCAGUGAGAACUAAACCUCCGGACUUCCCAUUGAACAAAGAACCAACGCAAAGCUGCUAGCUGCUGCUGCACCCAUAUUCUGACCGACGACUAUCCCGAACCCCACCACCUCCCCACCUGCCUUCUAGCCCAACCCCACCUCCUCCCCUGCCCUCCAGAACACAACAACCGCGACCCAGAAGUCCGUCACUACAAAAAUACGCGUCUACCGUGCGACAUCGGUAUCAACACACCAAACACGUGCUUCAUGCCUCUGCCUCCCGCUGCUUCUCCCCCUGCUGCAGUGACCAGCCAGGUGACUCUGUUCUCUCCGCCCCGCCCCUUGCCUUGUGGACAUUUACAGUUGACAUUACUGAACUCAUUUCUCGUCAUUAACAAUGUCAUUGACCGUUGAUGGAAGACGGAGGGGCAACCGGGUGCUGUGGAGGUGGGAGCGCUGAAUG